UUUUUGAAGAAGAGAUUCAUACAGCAAGAGACAGAGGUCAUACAGCAAGAGUGUUCGUGAGGGCCAUAUCCGUCUCAGCCCUUAAGCCCAGCAACAACACAGGAAGGGUUGGCAGCCCUGGUUGGUGACAGCAGAUGUAAACACGAAAUGACUUCAAGGGGUUGGGCAGGAUUCACGGAGGAAGAUAUUAAAAAUGUACAAAGGGGAAGUGCCUCACGAGGUGGGCAAGGUAAUACGAAAACACUAUCGAAUCAAAAGACUGAAUUGCGUCAAGUCAGGCUACAAUCCUCAGGAAAAACACUGACAAAAGAGAAGCCAGGAAAGAUUCAUUCUACUAAGACAACUCACAAUUAUUCACCCAUUCCACCACAAGCUCGACUCUCCCAAGCUCAGGACUUGGGAUCUAUCAGCCCAUUACACUCAUCUGGACACAAAUCUCCAGAAUCUCUUGAGAGUUCCUCCACACAGUCAGAGUCUUCUGUGCCCCCAUCACCUUGCAAAUCUCCAACAGGUAGUCAUGCUAAGAAUGUUAAAAUACGCCUUCGAGACAAUAACUCAUAUGAAUUAAUAUCAACAAAUGGAUCAAUUCUGGAAGACCAGCCAUUUGGUUCAAAGACUGAAUCUGAUGACUUGUUAGAAGAAAAUCUGCUUAAUGAAAACUGUGAAAAAGAUGGGGAGCUGUCACUUGAAAAGUUCCAGAAACGUCAAAAAAUGAUGGAGGAGCAAAAUAAACAACGGCGAGAGUUACUUGUUAAGGCUAUUGCAGAUAGGAGUCGUCGCACACAGUCUGAAGCACAAAAGUUGAAGCAAAUACAGUCAGAAUUGGCCAAGUUGGAUUUGCUUUUGUCUUCUGAUGUGUCUAUUCUUCGAGACCAAAUAGAAGUUGCUAGCCUGGAAUUUAAUGAGGCACAAAAGCGAUAUGACAAAGCAGAAAAGGAAUUCAUAGAAGCCAAACUGCAGUUGUUCAGCAAGCUGGAGAAGAAGGAACUUCUCACAGAACAUCUCUGCCGCAUCAUUGAAGCCAAUGAACGAAGGAAAGCCUGUAAGCUCUCUGAACUUAUGGCGAAGCUGGAGAUGGUUGACAUUUCAUCAGAAAUUGGUGAUACUGGGGCUGAAGAGAUUUUGCCUCAACUAGCUAGCUUGGAUGAAGUGACAUAUGCAGCUUGCACAACCAUCAAAGAUCCUAAGAAAACUAGCCUAGCCCUACAAAUGGGCAUUGCCAGAAUAAAUGGUGAUAGUAUUCCUUUAGAAAAUGUGAAGGAAUUACUCAUAGAAGGAAAGGAACAGGUCAUUUUAAAUAAGGAUGAGAGAAUGCCAGAAUUUCAGGGUUAUAUGAAAGAAGAUAUACUAAUUGAAAAUAAUAAAAUGGUUUUACAGACAAACAUAAAAGAAGCUGUAGAAAGUAAAAAUGUGGUAUGUGAAAAUCAAGAUUCAACUAAAAAUGGUGAGAUGCCGUAUGCAGUGUGAUCAAGAGCAGACUAAGACUAGGGUCGAGUCCAAGCUCCUGGCCCCGCCUCUCCUCCUGGCCCCGCCUCUUCACUGGUUGCUACUAGGUCACUCUCCCUGAACCGUGAGUUUUAUCAUACCUCUGCUUAAAGCUAUGUAUGGAUCCUGCCUCCACUACAUCGCUUCCCAAACUAUUCCACUUCCUGACUACUCUGUGGCUGAAGAAAUGCUUCCUAACAUCCCUGUGAUUCAUCUGUGUCUUCAACUUCCAACUUCCAACAUGUGUGAGUGUGCGCGUGUGUGUGUACGUACAUACUCGCCUAAUUGUGGUUGCAGAGGUCGAGACUCAGCUCUGUGUGUGUGUGUGUGUAUAUAUAUAUAACUUCUGGGUACACCAAAAGCUGGUAAGUGACAAACUACCUGUGAGAGGUGGUCAUUUACAUGACGCAUGUGUUCCAUGGACGUGUGUUAUGUAGGAGUUUGCUGUAUGAUUCAUAUAGGUUUGGCACUUGUUUUUAAAUAUAGUAGUAAUAAUGAUAAUAUAAUAGCAGCCAUACAUUUGAAGGUGAGGAGCAUGACUUUAAAAUGUUAUCUUAUGAAUUAUCUAUCAGUGCAUCUGGACUUUCAGAAUAGAAAAUUACUACCAUUACAUACAGCUGAGCCACAGUUUCUGAUAAUCAGCCUAUUCUUUCUGUCUACUUUCUCAGUCAUGCUCAUGAUUUCCUAUGGAUUGAAUACCUGAAUGACCACUUGAAAACUUACUGACUUUGAUAUCUUGUUUGACAGGAUUAAAAAUGUGUGCAUACACAUCCAUAUGCAAAAAAAAAAAAAUGUAUAUCCCCCCACACACAAACAAACAACUUUAUGAAGUGGAGUACUGAACAGUAUACAAUUGGAGAAAAUGACACUUUUUUUUUUUUUUUUAACAAGUAGGGGGCUCUGGUGGCCUGGUGGUUAAGCUCUCGCUUCACACGGUGAGGGCCUGGGUUCGAUUCCCAGCCAGAGUAGAAACAUUGGACGUGUUUCUUUCCACCUGUUGUCUAUGUUCCCCAUCAGUAAAAUGGGUACCUGGGUGUUAGUCGACUGGUGUGGGUCGCAUCCUGGGACACUGACCUAAGGAGGCCUGGUCACAGGCCUCCUUAGGUGUUGACCUUAGGCGUUGACCCCCGGAACUCUCUCCAGAUAAACUCUCCAGAUAGGCCGUCUCCCACUGAGGCAGGGUGACCCAAAAAGAAAAUACUUUCAUUAUCAUUCAACACUUUCACCUCACUCACACAUAAUCACUGUUUUUGCAGAGGUGCUCAGAAUACAUCAGUUUAGAAGCAUACACAUAUAAAGAUACACAACAUAUCCCUCCAAACUGCCAGUAUCCCAAACCCCUUCUUUAAAGUGCAGGCAUUGUACUUCCCAUUUCCAGGACUCAAGUCUGGCUAUAUAAAAAUAACCGGUUUCCCUGAAUCCCUUCACUAAAUAUUACCCUGCUCACACUCCAACAGCUCGUCAGGUCCCAAAUACCAUUUGUCUCCAUUCACUCCUAACACGCUCAUGCACGCUCGCUGGAAGUCCAAGCCCCUCGCCCACAAAACCUCCUUUACCCCCUCCCUCCAACCUUUUCGAGGACGACCCCUACCCUGCCUUCCUUCCCCUACAGAUUAUAUACUCUCUAUCUCAUUCUACUUUGAUCCAUUCUCUCUAAAUGACCAAACCACCUCAACAACCCCUCUUCAGCCCUCUGACUAAUACUUUUAUUAACUUCGCACCUUCUCCUAAUUUCCACACUCCGAAUUUUCUGCAUAAUAUUUACACCACACAUUGCCCUUAGACAGGACAUCUCCACUGCCUCCAACUGCCUUCUCACUGCAGCAUUUACAACCCAAGCUUCACACCCAUAUAAGAGUGUUGGUACUACUAUACUUUCAUACAUUCCUUUCUUUGCCUCCAUAGAUAAAGUUUUUUUGUCUCCACAUAUGCCUCAGUGCACCACUCGCCUUUUUUCCUUCAUCAAUUCUAUGAUUAGCCUCAUCCUCCAUAAAUUCAUCCACUGACACGUCAACUCCCAAAUAUCUGAUAACAUUCACUUCUUCCAUUCUCCUCCUCCCCAAUUUGAUAUUCAAUUUUUCUUUAUCUAAAUCAUAUGAUACCCUCAUCACCUUACUCUUUGCUAUCUUCACUUUCAACUUUCUACCUUUAUACACACUCUCAAACUUGUCCACUAACCUUUGCAGUUUUAUUUUAGAAUAUCCCAUAAGCACAAUAUCAUCAGCAAAAAGUAACUGUGUCAAUUCCCAUUUUGUAUUUGAUUCCCCAUAAUUUAAUCCCACCCCUCUCCUGAACACCGUAGCAUUUACUUCUUUUACAACCCCAUCUAUAAAUAUAUUAAACAACCAUGGUGACAUUACACAUCCCUGUGUAAGACCUACUUUUACCGGGAAGUAGUCUCCUUCUCUUCUACAUACCCUAACCUGAGCCUCACCAUCUUCAUAAAAACUCUUUACAGCAUUUAGUAACUUACCACCUAUUCCAUAUAUGUACUUGCAACAUCUGCCACAUUGCUUCCCUAUCCAGUCUAUCAUAUUGCUUUUCUAAAUCCAUAAAUGCAAUAAAAACUUCUCUACCUUCAUCUAAAUACUGUUCACAUAUAUGCUUCAAUGUGAACACUUGAUCUACACAUCCCCUACCCACUCUAAAACCUCCUUGGUCAUCCGCAAUCCUACGUUUUAUUUUACCUCUAAUUCUUUCAAUAAUAACCCUACCGUACACUUUUCCUGGUAUACUCAAUAAACUUAUUCCUCUAUAAUUUUAGUCUCUUUUGUCCCCCUUCCCUUUAUAUAAAGGGACUAUACAUGCUCUCUGCCAAUCCCUAGGGACCUUUCCCUCUUUCUUACAUUUAUUAAACCACUCCAACCACUCAAACACUAUAUCACCCCCGGCUUUUAACAUUUCUGUCAUAAUCCCAUCAGUUACAGCUGCUUUACCCCUUUGCAUUCUAUGUAAUGCCUUACGUACCUCCCCCACAUUCACAUCCUGCUCUUCUUCACUUCUGAAAGAUGGUAUACCUCCCUGGCCAGUGCAUGAAAUUACUGCCUCCCUUUCUUCGUCGACAUUUAAAAGUUUUUCGAAGUAUUCUCGCCAUCUACCCAAUACCUCCAUCUCCCUAUCUACUAACUGCCCUACUCUGUUUUUAACUGACAGAUCCAUUCGUUCCCUAGGCUGAGUAAACAAGUUAAAAUUUCUUGACAGUGCCUCUCCCAUGCUUUCAUCUGCUCUACUUUUGCACUCUCUCACCACUCUCUUCACCUUUCUUUUACUCUCCAUAUACUCUACUCUUCUUAUAACACUUCUGCUUUGUAAAAACCUCUCAUAAGCUACCUUUUUCUCUUUUAUCACACCCUUUACUUCAUCAUUCCACCAAUCACUCCUCUGUCCUCCUGCACCCACCCUCCUAUAACCACAAACUUCUGCCCCACAUUCUAAUACUGCAUUUUUAAAACUAUUCCAACCCUCUUCAACCCCCCACUACUCAUACUUGCACCAGCCCACCUUUCUGCCAAUAGUUGCUUAUAUCUCACCCGAACUUCCUCCUCCCUUAAUUUAUACACUUUUGCCUCCCUCUUACUUAUUGUUGCCAUUUUCCUCUUGUCCCAGCUACCUCUUACUCUAAAUGUAGCUACAACUAAAUAAUUAUCCAAUAUAUCACUUGCCCCUCUAUAAACGUGUACAUCCUGGAGCCUACCCAUCAACCUUUUAUCCACCAAUACAUAAUCUAGCAAACUACUUUCAUUACGUGCUAUAUCAUACCUUGUAUAUUUAUUUAUCCUCUUUUUCAUAAAAUAUGUAUUACUUAUUACCAAACCUCUUUCUACACAUAGCUCAAUUAAAGGCUCCCCAUUUUCAUUUACCUCUGGCACCCCAAAUUUCCCUACUACUCCCUCCACAACAUUUUUACCCACUUUAGCAUUGAAAUCCCCAACCACCAUUACUCUCACACUUGGUUCAAAACUCCCUAUGCAUUCACUCAACAUUUCCCAAAAUCUCUCUCUCUUCGACACUUCUCUCUUCUCGCUUUUCACAUCCAACCUUUAUUUUACUCCACAUAAUCCUUGAAUUAAUACAUUUAUAGUCCCUCUUUUCCUGCCAUAUCUUAUCCUUCAACAUUAUUGCUACUCCUUCUUUAGCUCUAAAUCUAUUUGAAAUCCCUGACCUAAUCCUAUUUAUUCCUCUCCACUGAAACUCUCCCAGCCCUUUCAGCUUUGUUUCACUUAAAGCCAGGACAUCCAGCUUCUUCUCAUUCAUAACAUCCACAACCAUCUCUUUCUUAUCAUUCGCACAACCUCCACGCACAUUCAGACAUCCCACUUUGACAAUUUUCUUCUUCUUUUUCUUUUUAGUAAUUAUUACAGCUAAAGGGGUUACUAGCCCAUUGUUCCCGGCAUUUUAGUUGACUUUUACAACACGCAUGGCUUAUGGAGGAAAGAUUCUUAUUCCACUUCCCCAUGGUUAUAAAAGGAAAAGUAAUAAGAACAAGAACUAUUAAGAUAAAGUCAAAGAAAACUCAGAUGAGUGUGUAUAAAUAAACAUGUACAUGUAUGUGUAGUGUGACCUAAGUGUAAGUAGAAGUAGCAAGACAUACCUGUAAUCUUGCAUAUUUAUGAGCCAGACAGAAGACACCAGCAAUCCUACCAUCAUGUAAAACAAUUACAGGCUCUCGUUUUACACUCACUUGGCAGGACGGUAGUACCUCCCUGGGUGGUUGCUGUCUACCAACCUAUUAAUUAUAUAGAAAUUAUAUAGAAAGCCCCUUGUUAUGCAGAACAUUUCAGGCUGCAUUACAGAUAACUUAUAAUGAAAUAUUGCUAUAGUUUACAAUAUUUGACAUUAAAAACUGUAACAGUUUGGAAUAUGAACAAUGAUAUUUUGAGAUUAAUGCAUGUUGAAUUGUAUUUCUGAAAAUGUGAACAUCAGUAUAGAUGUUAAUAUGAUUAGGACCAACAGGGAUGCUAAUGAUAUAUGAAACAUGGUAAUAAGAAUACUUAGAUACAUGUACAUACACACUUCUUCUUUCUUUCAACAAACCGGCCGUAUCCCACCAAGGCAGGGUGGCCCAAAAAGAAAAACAAAAGUUUCUCUUUUUAAAUUUAGUAAUUUAUACAGGAGAAGGGGUUACUAGUCCCUUGCUCCCAGCAUUUUAGUCGCCUCUUACAACACACAUGGCUUACGGAGGAAGAAUUCUGUUCCACUUCCCCAUGGAGAUAAGAGGAAAUAAACAAAAACAAGAACUAGAAAGAAAAUAGCAGAAAACCCAAAGGGGUGUGUAUAUAUAUGCUUGUGCAUGUAUGUGUAGUGUGACCUAAGUGUAAGUAGAAGUAGCAAGACAUACCUGAAAUCUUGCAUGUUUAUGAGACAGAAAAAAGGACACCAGCAAUCCUACCAUCAUGUAAAACAAUUACAGGCUUUCGUUUUACACUCACUUGGCAGGACGGUAAUACCUCCCUGGGCGGUUACUGUCUACCAACCUACUACCUAUAUACAUACACACAUGCAUAUAUAUACACAUAUGCAUACACACACAUGCAUACAUAUACUACAUAGAUGAAUUAGACACAUGUGCAACUCUUGGGUAUCUUUAUUGAGGAAACGUUUUGCCACACAGUGGCUUCAUCAGUCCAUACAAAGGAGAAUCUUGAAGAACAGGAGGAGAAUGAGGUAAUCAGUCCCUCAACCUUAGAGUCAACGUGGCCAGUCCAUCAAUCUUGAAUAGAAUACAGCAUAUGUGCGGAGAAGUAGCUUAUAAACCGUAGGCAGGAGAGGUGCAGCAGUCGUAGGUGGCGUCACAUUUGUUCAAUGUGGAAGUAGGUCAUGCUCAAGGGUUAGGCAAGCGAAGAAUUCCCAAGUAUUAAGAUCCCAAGAAGUUGCAGUAUACUGUACAUAGAUGCAUACAUAUACACACAUCAGACAAGGACCAGGGAGAACUACGAAGAGAUCUGGACAGGAUGCAGGUGUCGUUCAGCAACUGGCUCCUGGAGUUCAACCCCACCAAAUGCAAAGUCAUUAAGAUUGGGGAAGGGCAAAGAUCGCAGACGGAGUAUAGUCUAGGGGGCCAGAGACUACAAACCUCGCUCAAGGAAAAGGAUCUCAAGGUGAGUAUAAUACCAGGCAUAUCUCUGGAGGCGCACAUCAACCAAAUAAGUGCUGCAGCAUGUGGGUGCCUAGCAAAUCUAAGAACAGCCCACCAACAUCUUAAUGAGGAAUCAUUCAGGACCCUGUACACUGUGUAUGUUAGGCCUAUAUUGGAGUAUGCAGCACCAGUUUGGAACCCACACCUACCCAAGUAUAUAAGGAAGCUAGAGAAAAUGCAGAGGUUUGCAACAAGAUUAGUCCUGGAGCUAAAGGGUUAUAUCCUAUGAGGAGAGGUUAAGGGAAAUCGACCUGACGACAUUGGAAGACAGGAGAGAGAGGGGGGAUGUGAUAAUGACAUAUGAAAUACUGAGAGGAAUCAACAAGGUGGACAGAGACAGGAUGUUCCAGAGAUGGGACACAGCAACAAGGGGUCAUAGAUGGAAGUUGAAGACUCAGAUGAAUCACAGGGAUGUUAGGAAGUAUUUUUUCAGUCACAGAGUUGUCAAGAAGUGGAAUAGUCUGGGAAGUGAUGUAGUGGAGGCAGGAUCCAUACAUAGCUUUAAGAAGAGGUAUGAUAAAGCUCAUGGAGCAGGAAGAGUGACCUAGUAGCAGCCAGUGAAGAGGUGGGGCCAGGAGCUGUGACUCAACCCCUGCAACCACAACUAGGUGAGUACACAUGCAUACAUAUACACACAUGAAUUGACCCCUGCAACAAUUAGGUGACUAAAACACACACACACACACACACACACACACAUGCACACACAUUCAUUUUCACCUUACCACCUUGACUCAUCUGAGUCUUCAACUUCCAAGUGUGACCCCUUGUUUCUGUGUCCCCACUCUGGAACAUCCUGUCUCUGUCCACCUUGUCUAUUCCACGCAGUAUUUUGUAUGUCGUUGCCAUGUCUCCCCUAACCCUCCUGUCCUCCAGUGUCAUUAGGCCGAUUUCCCCUAACCUUUCUUCAUAGGAUAUUCCCCUUAGCUCUGGAACUAAGGGGAAUGUCCUACUAAGAAAGGAUAAGGGAAAUCGGACUGACAACACUGAAGUACCGGCAAAUCUCUUCCUAACCCUAACUGAACAACAGGAGGAUUAGGAGAGAUGUGAUAAUGACAUACAAAAUACUGCAUGGAAUAGACAAGGUGGACAGAGACAAGAUGUUCCAAAGAGGGGACACAGAAACAAGGGGUCACACUUGGAAGUUGAAGACUCAGAUGAGUCAAAGGGAUGUUAGGAAGUACUAUUUCUUCAGUCAUAGAGUAGUCAGGAAGUGGAAUAGUCUAGCAAGUGAGGUAGUGGAGGCAGGAACCAUACAUAGCUUUAAGAUGAGGUAUGAUAAAGCUCAUGGAGCAGGGAGAGGACCUAGUAGCAUUCAGUGAAGAGGCAGGGCCAGGAGCUGAGUCUCGACCCCUGCAACCACAAUUAGGUGAGUACACACACACACACACACACACACACACACACACACACACACACACACACACACACACACACACACACACACACACACACACACACGCGCGCGCGCGCGCACAUCAAUCGGAUAACUGUUGCAGCAUACGGGCGCCUGGCAAACCUACGGAUAGCGUUCCGAUACCUCAGUAAGGAGUCGUUCAAGACUCUGUAUACCAUUUACGUCAGGCCCAUACUGGAGUAUGCAGCACCAGUUUGAAAUCCACACCUAGUCAAGCACGUCAAGAAAUUAGAGAAAGUGCAAAGGUUUGCAACAAGACUAGUCCCAGAGCUACGGGGAUUGUCCUACGAAGAAAGGUUGAGGGAAAUCGGCCUGACGACACUGGAGGCCAGGAGGGUCAGGGGAGACAUGAUAACGACAUAUAAAAUACUGCGCGGAAUAUACGAGGUGGACAAAGACAGGAUGUUCCAGAGAUGGGACACAGAGACACGAGGUCACAAUUGGAAGUUGAAGACUCAGAUGAAUCAAAGGGAUGUUAGGAAGUAUUUCUUCAGUCAUAGAGUAGUCAAGCCGUGGAUUAGCCUAGAAAGUGAAGUAGUGGAGGCGGGAACCAUACAUAGUUUUAAGGCGAGGUAUGAUAAAGCUCAUGGAGCAGGGAGAGAGAGGACCUAGUAGCAAUCAGUGAAGAGGUGGGGCCAGGAGCUAUGACUCGACCCCUGCAACCACAAAUAGGUGAGUACAUGCGCAUGCACACAUGCACAUGCACAUACAUGUGCAUACAUGCACACACACAUGUGCACAUACACACAUGCACACAUACACAUGCAAUUAGGUGAGUACACACAUUUACACACAUGCACACACAUAUAUACACAUGCAUGCUCACACACAGACAUAUGCAUGCACAAACAAGAACAUAGUGUAUGCAUGCACACACAGCUACCAGCAAAGAGGCAAGGCCAGGAGCUGUGACUGUACCCCUGCAACCACAAAUAGGUAGGUAAGUACAUAUGUACAGUACAUGCAGGUAAGUACACACACACACACACUUCCUUCUAACUUCCCCAUUUAUUUACUCUUGCUCAUGCACUCAUCUGUACAUGCCUAUUAAAACUAUUUUUUGGUGCCAUAGUUAUGUUAAUCAAGAAUACUUGUUUAAAAAUUUAUUUCUGAAAUGAAGUUACGAAGUGAAAUAAAAACUUUUUGGUAUAACUGGGCUUCCACAGCAGUAAGUGCUAGACUGUAUUAUUAAUGUACAGUAUUAAUCCCUAUCUGUAUUGUAUCAGCGCUGUAUCACCCUUUUUGGCAUAGUGCUUAAUUUGGUUAUUAUUAUUAUUAUUGUAUAGGGGUCGUCCUUGGAAAGGAUGGGGGAAGGGGGUAGAUGUUUUGUGUACAAUAGGCUUGGACAUACAGUAGGCAUGUGUGUGUGUGUGUUAGAUAAGAGUGAAUGCAGAUGAAUGGUUUUUGGGACCUGCUGAGCUAUUGGAGUGUGAGUAGGGUAAUAUUUUGUGAAGGGAUUCAGGGAAACUUGUUAACCGGAUUUGAGUCCUGGAGGUAGGAAGUACAAUGUCUGCACUUUAAAGGAGGGGUUUGGAAUACAGUGGACCCUCGACCAACGAUAUUAGUCCGUUCCAGAAAGCUUAUCUUUAGGCAAAUUUAUUGUUAGUCAAAUUAAUUUUCUCCAAAAGAAAUAAUAGAAAUCCAAUUAAUCUGUUCCAGACAGCCAAAAGUUUAAAAAAAUUUUUUUUUUUUUCAUGAAAUGUACAUUUCCCUACAAAGAAAAUAAUGAGACAUGCACAAUAACUUCAGGGUGAUACAUGAGCAAAGGCUUCACUUUGCAAUCUCCAUUAGCAUUACAAUAAAACAUGAGAGUUAGCUUGUCUUUCAUAGGCUUGUGUCCUGGGAGUGCCUUUUCCUCCUGAGUAAUGUAGGUCCUGUUUGGCAUUUUCUUCCAGAACAGGCCUGUUUCAUCACAAUUGAACACUUGUUGGGGUUGGAAUUUUUCAGCUUCACCAUGCCUUAUCACACUGUGUAUGCCACUACGAUUCUUAAAUCUCUCAAACCAACCUUUGCUGGCCUUAAAUUCACCAAUAUGAGCACUAGUUCCAGGCAUUUUUUCCGGUUCACCUGGGUGUUAGUCGACUGGUGUGGGUUGCAUCCUGGGGGACAAGAUUAAGGACCCCAAUGGAAAUAAGUUAGAGAGUUCUCGAUGAUGCAUUGACUUUCUUGGGUUAUCCUGGGUGGCUAACCCUCUGGGGUUAAUUGUUUCUCAGUAAUUAAUAAUAAUAAUAAUAAUCUUUAUUUACUACAAGUACAUGUACAUGGUAUACAGUCCUAGCUGACAACAAUGACAUACUACUACAUAGAAAGCCACUUGUUAUGCUGAGCAUCUCGGGCAAAUUAGGUCAGUGUCCCAGGAUGCGACCCACACCAGUCGACUAACAUCCAGGUACCCAUUUUACUGAUGGGGAACAUAGACAACAGGUGGAAAGAAACACGCCCAAUGUUUCUACUCUGGCUGGGAAUCGAACCCAGGCCCUCGCCAUGUGAAGCGAGAGCGUUAACCACCAGGCUAAGCCACACCAAAAACACUCGCUCCACAUCUUCGAGUAGUACAGCUGAUGGUGGUGGAGCAACAGCUGACGGUGGUGCAGCAACAGCUGAUGGUGGUGCAGCAGCAUCUGAUGGUGGUGCAGCAGCAGCUGACUGUGAUACGAUAGUAUUUCGAUAGUAUUUCUCACCCUUUUUACCACAGGGUUGGCACUAGAAGCUUUCUUUGGGCCCAUGGUGGCUUAUUUAGCAGUUACAAGCACUAAAAACAAUGGAAUAAUACAAAAUUUAUCGAAUAUAUGCAUGGAACCGUCUACCCUGGCUUGUAAACAAUGACGGCAGGGCAGCUAAGACACUCAGGCUGGACGGACAGGUUAGGGACGAAUCAUGUUGGUCGAGUUUUUCUUUGUUGGUCGGGCCAAAAUUUUUACGCUCAAACGCUUCGUUGGACGAAUUUAUCGUUAGACGAUACCUUCAUUGGCCAGGGGUCCACUGUAUUGGCUGUUUGGAGUGACAUCUAAACUGUAGUAUCUGCAAAGACAGUGUUUAUGUAUGAAUGAUAGUGAAAGUGUUGAAUGAUGGUGCAAGUGUUUCUUUUUGGGUUAACCUGCCUUGGUGGGAGAUGGCUGACAUGUUAAAAAAAAAUUAUAUAGUAUAUUCAACAUGUCAGCCGUCUCCCACCGAGGCAGGGUGACCCAAAACAGAAAGAAACACUUUCACCAUCAUUCACACAUAAUCACUCUUUGCACUUAGAUAUGACAGUUCAGAUGUCAUUCCUGACGGUAUAUUUCCCAAACACCCCUCUUUUAAAGUGAAGGCAUUAUACUUCCCACCUCCAGGACUCAAGUCCGGCUAACCAGUUUCCCUGAAUCCCUUCACAAAAUAUUAUCCUGCUCACACUCCAACAGCUCAUCAGGUCCCAAAAACCAUUUGUCUCCAUUCACUCUUAUUUAACACACACACUCACAUGCCUGCUGUAUGUCCAAGCCCUUUGUAUAUGCAUAUGCAUGCUAGGCUCUUCUAUGCAAGGAAGAGUUGUGAAGAACUUCCAAAUAAUUCUCAGUUAAUUACUAGUUACAUAUAGUAUUUCAAUUUAAGACUAAGCUGUUUAAAUUACAAUUUUUGACUAAUACAUUAAAUAUUGCAAUUUCAUUUUUUUUUUUUUUU